UGGUUCUUAAAAAUGACCGGACCAAUCCUGAAACAUCCUUAUUGAUUCAAAUUACCAUGGCAAUAAGAUCGAUGAUGUUGUUAUUAACUGUGGUCCACCUUGGAGCAGAGGGAUCACACAUUGUUGGAGGCAGAGAUGCGGUGCCCCACUCUCGGCCAUACAUGGCUUCACUGCAGCUGCGCGGACGCCACGGCUGUGGAGGGCUCCUGGUCAAAGAAGAUUUUGUGCUCACAGCGGCUCACUGUGAGAUACCUGUGCCAUUCACAGUCGUACUAGGAGGUGAUUCACUGACUGCUAAUGAACCCUCAAAACAGACUUUCACUACUGUGAGAUCUAUUCCACAUCCUAACUAUGACGGACAUGCCAAUGACAUCAUGCUCCUUAGGCUAAAUACCAAGGCCAACCUUACUGCAGCAGUUCAGCUCAUUCCUUUGCAAAGGACGAGGCUUAGAGCUGGGAGUAACUGCAUCACUGCUGGAUGGGGAGACAUUGGUGAUAACAGAACCUUAGCAAACAGGCUGCAGGAGGUCAACGUCACCAUCCUAUCCCAGGGAAGCUGUCGUGAAAGAUGGGGAGCAGUGCCCAUCACACGGAGCAUGGGCUGCGGCAUUGGAGCAGACAACUUUCAGGGAUUCUGCUCAGGCGAUUCGGGCGGACCUCUUGUGUGCGAUGGUGCUGCUGCAGGUGUAGUCUCCUUCUCUGGACGCCGAUGUGGAGACCCCAGGACACCUGAUGUGUACACACGCAUAUCAUCAUUCAGAGACUGGAUUUUAAAUGUGAUAAACAAUUAGGCGCUGAUGGUGUAAAUAAUGUAAUAGAAGCGAUAGGUUAUAUUAUAU